UUAAGAGAAUAUUACAUGACGUCACGAGGAGGGAGAGGAGGUUGCAUCUGCUCAAGUCUAGAACGUCAGUUCGUCUUCACACGAGAUUCAGUUCCGACGUUAAAAUUGGCUCCCGAUACAGCAACCAGACAAGAGGCGGUGCGCUUCUCAGGUGUAUCACCUGGUGUGGAGAUGGUCUGGAAGAUUCAAUUAUUACUAUUUCUGGCUGCGACGGCUAACACCACUGCAGAAGGACGCCAUGACUAUCCUCCUCAGUUGAUGCAUACUGUGAAUUCGUUGAACAAGCUACUGGACUAUAUGCUCGAACCACGUAGUGUGAUAGGGGAUAUGAUUUUUGGGGUCGUGCUGGCACGAGGUCAGCUUGCAGUCUUGAGAAGACACCUGGCUCAGCGUCAAGACGUCAAGAUGGAGCCUGAAGAUCUGUCUGCAAUAUCGAUCCUGGAAAACAAAUGUGAGGAGAUAUACAGGAAGUAUAUGCCCAUUAGAUUGAGGGCCAUAAAGGAGAAUUAUGACAUCAUCGUGGACAAUGUUGUGCGGGAAGAACUGUGGGAUGUGGAUUAUCCGUUAACUUUUGGAAAAUUACGGAAAGUUCCCAGAAGAAGCCUCAUCAAGAGAGGUCCGCACGGAGAACCACAGAAGUUGACCAGUAAACAAAGGCUGGCCUUAUUGUUGAGUGGUCGGCCAAACGAAACCGAAUCAGAUAGCUGCAUAAGUCUGCUGAUACAUCCACAACUGUGCGGGACAAGUCCCUCCUGCUGGAAUAUCAUGGCGAACAAGGACGAGGAAAUUCAUGGCUAUUCUCUUACUCACAGAUUGCUGUACUUGCAAAUAGCGAGACAGCUGGGAUGUGGCGGUCGAGUGGAGUUCGCUGACUCUGAGGCAGCCAUCAGGAGCCUGUGUUCUGAUAUACUAGUGGAGCUCAAGCGUAUUGUAGAGCUCCAAGUGCCUGCUGGAUUCUGGGAUCUGUUUCUCGAAGAGGUUUCUCUGUGCGGGAUGGAAGGGUUCGCAGAAUUUCUGAAUCCUCUCUUCAUAGACUGGAUACUGCCGCUACAGACACCAGCAGGUUGCUUUGCUGACCGAGUUCAAGACGGAUGGCUGGAUGCACCGAUAGAGCCUCCUGCUUUAUCAAUCCGGAGGAAAAGAGAAGAUGGAGAUCUAGGAGAUGGCUGCACAAUGCACAUCACUGGCAUGGCCGCCAUUUUCCUUGCCCUCAAUAUUAGAGCAACUAUAGAGAUCUGGAACCCUGAUGUCCCCCUCCCUUCUCUGUACAGAGAGCAAGAUUAAAUCUGUGUCCUGAAGCCAUGGUAUUGCAGUGCUGGUAAAAACACAUUUCUGUGGAAAUUUUGAAACUCUGUAUAGUUCAUUCCAUUCAUUCUUGAAUAUUUGAAUGAAAUAUAUAAAUAUGCAAGGCAA